UACAGAUUGAGGUUAUAGCAUAUUCAUAUUAGUCGUCAAGUCAUUUCCAAUUAUUGAAAUAUCUAACAUCACUCGAAUCAAAUUAUUGAUCAUGAUUAUUAUACAAGGUUAUUAAUAUAGCGUGAUCACCCCCCUAGUCAUUUAGUCUAUAAUCACAAAUGGUAUGAUUUGAAUGUGUGUAGGUUAUCAUAUAUAUGGAUAUAUAUAUAUAUAUGUAGAUAUGUAUUACCUAACAACAAAAAUGAAUUAUUCAAUGAGGUCCACAAUCAUUUUUAUAUUUAUAUGGUCAUCAGUUUAUACAGAACCUAUUCCUCUUAGUAAAAUUCAUCUAAAUCAUGAUGGAAUGUUCAUGGAUCAUCUUGGAUAUAUUAAACUGUUUAGAGGAUUUAAUAAUGUUCAAAAAUAUUUUCCAUGGUAUCAAGAAAAUGCAUGGAAUAUUACACAGAUAAAAAUGUUUCAAAAUUGGGGUUUAAAUGUUAUACGAUUAGGUAUUAUGUGGAGUGGAGUAAAACCGAAUAUAUCCAUAGUGAACACGACAUACUUAAAUGUAAUGGAAAGCCUGAUUGAUUUAUAUGCUGAACAUGGAAUAUAUGUGAUCUUGGAUAUGCAUCAAGAUGGUUUAUCAAGUCGAUAUGGUACUUAUGAUGGUAUACCAUUAUGGUUAAUUAAUCAAUUUAAAAGACCACCAACCAUUUUGCAAGAACCUUGGCCAUAUAAAAAGUUACCAAAUUGGGAAGGAGCAUAUUAUUUAACCUAUGAAUGCUCUGAAGGUGCACAACAAUUAUAUGAGAAUGUAUCAGGUGCUUGGAAUCAUUGGGGUGAUUUUUGGGAAAUAGUAGCAAAACAUUAUGGAAAAAAGUCGAAUGUACUUGGUUAUGAUUUGAUUAAUGAACCUCCACCUGGAAAUUUUUAUACUAAUCCAUUAAGAGGGUUUCCAGGUUAUGCUGGUCGAUAUAAUCUACUACCAGUUUACGAUUAUGUUGUUGAGAGAAUACGUAAAUAUGACAAGUCAACAUUGAUAUUCUAUGAACCAGUUACAUAUGGUAUAUUUACUCCUCUAAGCACCUCAGGAUGGUUAGGGACUGGAUUUGGACGUGUUCCUGGAGCGAAUCGUGACAACUCAUCACCGAGUAAAAGUGUUUUGUCUUACCAUUAUUAUUGUUGGAUACUACAGAGUGAUUAUCCGAACUCGACAAUGCCUUUGUGGAAGAAAGUGUUAUGUGAUUCGUUCCUCUUACCAACUGUGAUUUCCAAUGUCAUUAAAGCAACAAAAACAACUGGAGGUGGUAGAUUUUUAACUGAAUUUGGCUUGUGUGGAGAUGAUGGAAAUCCAUCUAGUGUCAAUACACUAGAAUGUAAUGCGGUAUUGGAUGAAGCUGAUAAACAUUUUGAAUCAUGGACAUAUUGGGAUGGACACUUUAUAGAUAAUGCAGGAAAUCCUAUUCAAACUCAGUUUGUAGCGAAUUUAUUGAAUAUAACUGACGACACAAGACCUUUGCAGCACGAAUGAAAACAAGCGUUUAUCUACAAUGAUGGCAAAUCUUUGAGAACUGAAAUGUCCACGUUAUAUAUCUUGUGCUAUAUUAGCUCAACCGAAUCGUUCAGAAGGUGUCACUCAGUUGUUUACUGUAGAAUAAUACAUCGCGUAUGUGCCACAACACUCAGUUUGAUAUGGUCUGCAGUGUUGACAGUUGAAUAACUACCAUAAAAGCCAACAAGAACAUAAGAAUAAUUGUUUGAAACCGAGUGAAUGUGAUGACCGAUUUGCAUAUGCACGAAUAGUUCGAAUAGCUCGUAAUCAGUAUGAUCCAAUAUACUAUUUCUUACUGUUCAUCAUUCUCACAUUUUCUCCCUCACAUCCACAGGUACGGUCUUUCAUUCGUCCCUAUCCACAGUCAACAAAUGGGAGAUUUGUCAAGCAACAUUUCAAUCAUGAAACUGGAGAAUAUAGUUUCUCCUUCAUUACAAACCAACUGAGCAAUCAGUACAGUGAGAAACAGAAUUUGAUUGCAGAAAUUUACAUACCAUUAUCUGUACAUUAUCCAAAUGGAUAUUCAAUCAAUCUGAAUCCAAACAAUUUAACUACUGAAUUGAAGGGAAAUAUAUUGUCUAUAUACUUGUCAACUGAUCUAAGGAAUGAACCUGUGCAUGUUGAAAUGGAGAUAGUUAGAAAAUAACUCAACUUGAAUGUGACUUGACAAACUAUCAUUGUCAUUAUUCAAACGACUACUUGUCAACAACAUUUAAAUAAACAGUAUAAAUAUAAUUUUAUACC